GUCGAGCAAAGAAAAAGGGCGCCUCGGGAAUUUGUUAUGAUUCCGGGCUUCACAUUCGGAUAAGCACGAUUUCAGAGUAACUUCAACACAAAAUAUGUCUGGGAACAAGCCCCAAGCGCAGCAGCAAAAUGCUUCCGAUCAGAAGGAGAAGAAGAGGAAAGAGAGUAUUCUCGACUUGUCGAAAUACUUGGAGAAGAAUAUCAGAGUCAAGUUCGCAGGGGGCAGGGAAGCCUCAGGGAUUUUGAAAGGAUACGAUCCACUGCUAAAUCUUGUGUUGGAUAACACAACUGAAUACCUACGAGAUCCCGAUGACCCAUACAAGUUGAAUCAGGACACUAGAAUGCUGGGGCUAGUGGUCUGUCGAGGAACCUCUGUUGUACUUAUAUGUCCAGUUGAUGGCAUGGAAUCCAUUCCAAAUCCAUUUGUACAGCAAGAAGGAUGAUUCUUGGUGAUUCUGUACUCAUCACACUAUCUACUAUUAUAAUUUCUCAAGUAAUAUAACUAUGCAUUUUUAUAUUAUUUGUAUUUGAUAAUUGUAAAAAAAUGAACUGUACAUAUAGGUUUAUUGAAAAAGAUACGAUACAAAAAAGUAAAUCAAUUUACAGUACUGAUUUAUUCAUUUUGUAUUUUUUGAGUUUUCUUAACUAAAUCUAUGCUUAACUAUUUUUAAUUAGUUGACCAAAUGUCACGAUUCUAUUAACUAAAUAAAUCGAUGCUUUGAUAAUUA